AUGCCAAAGAGCGCGCGCGAAAAGAAGCGCUUUGGCUAUAAGCGACAGAUGGACAACAACGACGCAAUGCGACAGCACCAGAAGUCCCAAAAAGCACAGAAAAUGAACCUGGAGGCCAAGGUACAGGCUGGGAAACUCGAACCGGAGCAUAUAAACUCCGGACUGCAGGAGCGCGUUCAGCAGCUUGAAGCUAUUAAAGCCUUCUAUGAGAAGCGCUUCGGAAACUAUGAGGAGUUGGUGAGGGCAGAGCAAGAGGCCACCAAGAGGACAAUCAAUGCGCCUAAGAUACAAGAUGCAGAUUCUAUGAACAACGUCCAGAACACCACUACAGCUACAUUCCUCCCGCUAGGCCCCGCCGAACACAAGCCCGAGGCCCAAGAUCUUGAUCAACACAAUGAUGACAGCGAUAGUCUCUCAGAUGAUCCGGGACCACCAGUUCGUUCCCGCUUCUUCUCUCAUUAUGCUGCCAAGACAACUCGACGCAGGCCUUCUAUCACAGACGAGGACGUUAAGAAGUACUUUCCAAAGGAGCAUUCCCACGGACGGCUGCCCCCAGUAGAUCCUAGUUCUUGA